UAGGCAAGGCUAACUCUUCUAGUAAUAAUAGUCAUAGCAAAAUAAAAGUUGACUACCAUCUUAAUAUAUAUAUACUAGUUCUACACUUUAUUAAUUUGCUCAAACAUAAUAUCUUGCAACUACAAGCCAAGUCAAAUAAAAAAAAAGAUAUGGAUUCAGCUGCCCGAGGCGGCGGCGCUGGUGGUUCUAACUCUAAAGACGGUGAGGACAUCCUCGAGUCUGGUGGUUACCGCCAGGACAACCACCACGACUCGAGCAUUCACCACCAGUAUUUCUCUAGCACGGCCGUUAAAAGUACGUUGAUAUUCAUGGUGGUGGGCGUUACGUGCCUUGUUUUGAUCAAUCAAUCCGGAUAUCCUACGCAGUUAUUUAGGUCUUAUUCAUUUUCGGGGCCUAAGGAAUUUAAUAAUAAUACUUCAGGAAAUAUAUCUUCGCCGUCUUGCGAUAAUCGUGCUGCCGUCGUAAAUGUUUCUUCUCCGGCAAAUGAGGAGAAUGAAUUGGAGAAAACACUAAAAUCAGCAGCAAUGAAGGACAACAAAACAGUGAUAAUCACAACCCUAAAUGCAGCAUGGACAGAGCCGAAUUCGAUAUUCGAUUUGUUUUUAGAGAGCUUUAAAAUCGGAAACGGAACUCAAGAUCUAUUGAAGCACGUAUUGGUUGUCGCGUUGGACCAAAAGGCGUACUCUCGUUGUUUGGAAGUGCAACUUCACUGUUACGCCCUCACCACCGAAGGCAUCGACUUUUCAGGGGAAGCGCAUUUCAUGAGCGAGGAUUAUUUGAAGAUGAUGUGGCGUAGGAUCGAUUUUCUUCACACCGUUCUUCAGUUGGGAUACGAUUUCGUUUUCACGGAUGCUGACGUAAUGUGGCUAAGGAAUCCAUUCGAAAGAUUCCAUCCGGACGGCGACUUCCAAAUCGCGUGCGACCACUACUGGUUCAACUACACCGACGUGAACAACUCACCGAACGGCGGGUUCAACUACGUGAAGUCGAACAAUCGGACCAUCCAAUUCUACAAAUUCUGGCACACGGGUCGAGAGUAUUUCCCCGGGAAGCACGACCAGGACGUGCUGAAUGCCAUAAAAAUGAACCCGUUUAUUAAACGGAUCGGGUUGGAGAUGCGGUUCUUGGAUACGGCCGAGUUCGGCGGGUUCUGCGAACCGAGCAAAGAUCUGGACCGGGUCGUCACAAUGCAUGCGAAUUGCUGCAUUGGGAUGGAGAACAAGAUCCAUGAUAUUAAAAUGGUGAUUGAUGAUUGGAAGAGGUAUAAUAUCUCGAUUCCUAUUGGUGGAGAGAGGAAUGUCAGUACUAGGUUUUGGACUGUUCCUCGGUUUUGUGGCUGAAUAAAAUAAUAAUUAAUAAAAAAAAAAUAUUGAUUAUUUAUUUGAAUGAUUAGUUAAUUAGGUGGUAAUAAUGUUGAUUUUAAGCUAAAUUGUGCACACAUUUAGUAGUAAUAAAUUCAAUAUUUCGGUUUCCUUUUGGGUUGGAAUUAGAGAUUGUAUAUUAUAUAGGAUUUUUUUGAGCAAAUAUGGGAUGCGGCAAAUGUUGUUUCGGUGCUAAUAAUAUUGUUUCAACUUCAACG